GCCGUCGCCGCCUUCGCCUCUUCCUUCCGCCCGCUGCGCAGAGCGAGGCGCGCGGGAGGCACCUGUCACAGCCGCCAGGGCGAGCGCGGCGUCCUCCGCGGUGAGAGGCGGCGGCGGCGGCGGCAGCAGCAGCAGGAGGAGAGGCCCGACACAGCUCAGCGGGCCCGGCGCGGAGAAGGCUGUGGAGAUGAUGCCGAUGAUAUUAACUGUGUUUCUGAGCAACAAUGAACAGAUUCUGACAGAAGUUCCAAUUACACCAGAAACAACCUGUCGCGAUGUAGUGGAGUUCUGCAAAGAGCCUGGAGAAGGGAGCUGCCAUCUGGCUGAAGUGUGGCGUGGAAAUGAGCGCCCCAUACCAUUUGACCACAUGAUGUAUGACCACCUGCAGAAGUGGGGGUCACGCAGGGAAGAGGUGAAGUUUUUUCUUCGUCAUGAAGAGUCACCAGCUGAAAGCAAUGAACAGAGUGGACGUCAAGCCCAAAAUCAAAGAAAUGGUAUAAAUAUACCUGUGGAGAAAAGAACAGAGAAUGGGGUUGGGAAUCCACGUGUGGAGCUCACUCUUUCUGAACUGCAGGAUAUGGCUGCCCGACAACAGCAACAGAUUGAAAAUCAACAGCAAAUGUUGGUUGCUAAGGAGCAGCGUUUGCGUUACCUGAAGCAGCAAGAACGUCGGCAGCAGCAAUCUGUUUCUGAGAGUGAAAAGCUCCAAAAACUUAAAGAACGUGUUGAAACCCAAGAGACAAAGCUGAAAAAAAUCCGUGCCAUGAGAGGACAAGUGGACUACAGCAAGAUGAUGAAUGGCAAUUUGUCAACUGAAAUUGAGCAUAUAAGUGCCAUGUUCCAGGAAAAGCAGCAGGAACUGCAGGCUGCAGUGUUAAAAGUGGAUCAACUCACUCAGCAACUGGAGGAUUUAAGGAAAGGGAAACUGAAUGGGUUUCAGUCUUACAAUGGACAAAUGACAGGGCCUGCAGCAGUAGAAUUAAAAAAGUUGUAUCAAGAGCUACAGAUCCGUAACAGGCUCAACCAGGAGCAGAACUCCAAGCUCCAGCAGCAGAAAGAGCUCCUGAACAAACGCAAUAUGGAGGUGGCCAUGAUGGACAAGAGAAUCAACGAGCUGCGCGAACGACUGUACAAGAAAAAAGUUGAGGCACGUCAAAAAGAAAACAUUCCUUUGAAUCGAAUUAAUGGAACUUCAUCACCCCAGUCAUCCCUGAGUGCUUCAGGAAGGGUGGCAGCAGUAGGGCCUUACAUCCAAGUUCCAAGUGCUGGCACUUAUGCUGUACCAGUAGAUCCAGUUAAGCCACAGUCUCUCACCAUUGCUCCCAACUCAACACAUGGAAGAUCAAAAUCUGAGACAGACUGUGGGUGUGUGAAAAAAUCUCCAGACACCUGGAAGGUUUCUGAUUUAGACAUAAUAGUGGAUCCUAUUCUGUCACCUCCCACUUCUCUUCAGUCUGCUGUUCACAAUGUCAUCCGCCUGGCACCUACUCUGUUUGACACCCAGCACUCUAAUGAUGGAAAUUGGCCGCUACUUAAACAGAGCUCAGCCCCUGUGGUAAAACCCCCUCAGAUCUCCAACACAGACUGGAAAGAAUCAAGCAUGGAUACCGCUUUAAAACAAGGAACUAUAUCCAGCCAGCCUUUGCCAACUUCAGUAUUAGGAAGUACUGAUAAGCUGGGCCUUGACCUGGGGAAGGUGCCACCAACAGUUCCUGGUGUAAGCAAGCAGCUGCCUCAGAACUAUGGGACCUAUCCAAGCCCAGUUCCCUUAGGAACAGGUUCUACAAACUCUCUAGAAAGGAGGAAGGAUGGCAGCCUGCCCAGGCCUGGCACCAGCAUAGCAAAUCGGCAGAGGCCGGUCCCGCUGCCGCCGCCCAGCAACGUGCACCAGCCCAGCUCCUCGCAGCAGAUCCAGCAGAGAAUUUCUGUCCCUCCCAGCCCCACAUAUCAACCCUCUGGCCCCCCCUUGUUCCCAGGAGGAGAGGGCAGGCCAGAACUGCCUUUGACUGUGGCAAUCAGACCUUUUCUCGCUGAUAAAGGAUCCAGACCUCAGUCUCCCAGAAAAGGGCCACAGACAGUGAACUCCAGUUCCAUCUACUCAGUGUAUCUUCAGCAAGCAACACCACCAAAGAAUUACCAACAAGCUGUGUACAAUACUUUAAAUAAGUCAGUAAAAGCAGUUUAUGGAAAGCCUGUAUUACAGUCUGGUUCAACCUCUCCCUCACCCUUGCCAUUCCUUCAUGGCUCUUUGCCUGCCCAGUCUCCCUCACAGCCACCACCUCAGCCUCAGAGUGAGGUCACUGAAAAAGAUCAAGAGCUGGAAAAUGCUCCACCACCCAGUGAGAACAGCAAUGUGGAGAACAUUCCCCGUCCUCUCAGUCCUACAAAGCUCACCCCUAUCGUGCACUCGCCGCUGCGGUAUCAGAGUGACGCUGACCUGGAGGCUCUGAGGAGGAAAUUGGCCAACGCUCCGAGGCCGUUAAAGAAACGCAGCUCCAUCACCGAGCCAGAGGGCCCCAGUGGACCAAAUAUACAGAAAUUAUUGUACCAGCGCUUUAACACCCUGGCUGGGGGGAUAGAAGGUGCUCCUUUUUAUCAGCCCAGCAAUCCACAGGACUUCAUAGGCAACUUAGCUGACGUUGAUAACGGGAACGCCAGCACCAAUGGCAAUGUUGAAGAACCAAUCCCCGCGCAACCUACGGUUCCUGUCCCUGAUGAACCGCCCCCCUCGUCAGAUGCCAAUGACAAUGAGUUACCUUCUCCUGCUACCGAGGAGUUGAUAAGCACUGAAACCACAAAUCAAACAUCUGAGACAACUGAAGACAACAACAACAACCUUUCUAUAGUUCCUUCUACUGAGCAGUCACCCAGUCCCACGCCAGAGGUCAGUUCUCCAGUAGAAGAUGAAGCUCCUUUGCCACCUGCUCUUCCUCCUCCACUUCCUCCAACAAAACGUACCAACUUGAAGAAACCCAACUCAGAAAGAACGGGCCAUGGUUUGAGAGUGAAGUUCAAUCCCUUGGCUCUCCUCCUAGAUGCUUCUUUGGAGGGUGAAUUUGAUCUGGUACAACGAAUCAUAUAUGAAGUUGAUGAUCCCAGUAAACCAAAUGAUGAAGGCAUUACACCUUUGCAUAAUGCAGUGUGUGCUGGUCAUCACCACAUUGUGAAGUUCCUACUUGAUUUUGGUGUAAAUGUAAAUGCAGCAGAUAGUGAUGGCUGGACACCCUUGCAUUGUGCAGCUUCUUGCAAUAGUGUUCAUCUCUGUAAACUACUGGUUGAAUCUGGGGCAGCUAUUUUUGCUUCAACUAUAAGUGAUAUAGAAACUGCUGCAGACAAGUGUGAGGAGAUGGAAGAAGGUUAUAUUCAGUGUUCCCAGUUUUUGUAUGGAGUGCAGGAGAAGCUGGGAGUGAUGAAUAAAGGGGUGGUGUAUGCUCUGUGGGAUUAUGAAGCCCAGAACAAUGACGAGCUGUCAUUCCACGAGGGCGAUGCCAUCACUAUCCUGCGGCGCAAGGAUGACAAUGAGACGGAGUGGUGGUGGGCCCGCCUCAAUGACAAGGAAGGCUAUGUGCCUAAAAACCUCCUGGGGUUAUAUCCACGAAUAAAACCUCGACAGCGAACCCUUGCUUGAAUUCAGUUGUACAACAGUGCAGUACCAUGCUGGUAACUGGAAACUUA